AUGGUGUGGCGUCUCAUGGUGUGGUACCUCAUGAUGUGGUACCUCGUGGUACGGCGUCUCGUGGUGUGGUACCUCAUGAUGUGGUACCUCGUGGUACGGCGUCUCAUGGUGUGGUACCUCAUGAUGUGGUACCUCGUGGUACGGCGUCUCAUGGUGUGGUACCUCGUGGUACGACGUCUCAUGGUGUGGUACCUCGUGGUGUGGUACCUCAUGGUGUGGUACCUCGUGGUGUGGUACCUCAUGAUGUGGUACCUCGGGGUACGUGGUACCUCGUGUUGCGGCGUCUUAUGGUGUGGUACCUCGUGGUCUGGUACCUCAUGGUGUGGUACUUCGUGGUACGGCGUCUCAUGGUGUGGUACCUCGUGGUACGGCGUCUCAUGGUGUGGUAUCUCGUGGUACGGCGUCUCAUGGUGUGGUACCUCGUGGUACGGCGUCUCAUGGUGUGGUACCUCGUGGUACGGCGUCUCAUGCUGUGGUACCUCGUGGUACGGCAUCUCAUGGUGUGGUACCUCGUGGUACGGCGUCUCAUGGUGUGGUACCUCGUGGUACGGCGUCUCAUGGUGUGGUACCUCGGGGUACGGUGUCAUAUGGUGUGGUACCUCGUGGUACGGCGUCUUAUGGUGAUACCUCAUGGUGUGGUACCUUGCGGUGUGGUACCUCAUGGUGUGGUACCUCGUGGUACGGCGUCUUAUGGUGUGGUACCUCAUAGUCUGGUACCUCAUGGUGUGGUACCUCGUGGUACGGCGUCUCAUUAUCUGGCACCUCGUGGUGUGGUACCUCGUGGUGUGGUACUUCGUGGUACGGCGUCUCAUGGUGUGGUACCUCGUGGUACGGCGUCUCAUGGUGUGGUACCUCGUGGUACGGCGUCUCAUGGUGUGGUACCUCGGGGUACGGUGUCAUAUGGUGUGGUACCUCGUGGUACGGCGUCUUAUGGUGUGAUACCUCAUGGUGUGGUACCUUGCGGUGUGGUACCUCAUGGUGUGGUACCUCGUGGUACGGCGAUUUAUGGUGUAGUACCUCAUAGUCUGGUGCCUCAUGGUGUGGUACCUCGUGGUACGGCGUCUCAUUAUCUGGCACCUCGUGGUGUGGUACCUCGUGGUGUGGUACCUCGUGG